UGAAUUGGCUGGCCUUGCCUCUUAAACCCAAUUUUUAAAACCCAAACUUUGCUAAGUGUCAAAAGCUUACUCAAAGUUCAACACUACUGAGAUCUUAGCUAUAAGCCUAUAACCACCACCAAAAACAACAUCAUCAUUGCAUCAAUAAUAAUCGUCCUCUUUUCGUUUCUAAUUAUAUUCCGACAUGUGUUUAUGUAUUCAAUCGCUUUGCAUGCUUUCUCUUAAACCAUUUCCUCUUAUCCGGGCUUCUGCCUUUAUCUUUGUUCCUUGAUCAACACUUUCACUCCAUAGAUUUGCGCCACUUCUGUUUUUUUAUUUGUCUUUUUUACUUCGACCCUUUUUCUAAAUCUAUCUUAACUAAUGAGAGUUCAAAGCACGAGGCUUCGUUUUGCGGUUCUGUGAUUCAAUUUGUCUCCUUGUUUCUGGGUAUAUAUAAUAUAUAUGUGUAAACAGUUUUGUUGCAGAUAAGGUGUUUGGUUGAGUUUCUCCAAGUGGAAACAUUUCUGGGUUUUAAGUAAGGAAAAGUCAAAGCUCAUUAGUCGACAUUUUUUCUUUAUAAGAAGAGCAUACUUUAGCUACACAGCAAUUGAGUCCACAGUAUCGAGAAGAAUAUAAUAUUUGGUCGAAUAGAACAAUUGAAGAGUCUGUCUGUGAAAGGACACAAUAGUAAGAAAUGAGUGGAAGUCAUUCUUCAGUUUUGAGGACUACUUCCUUACAAGGGUUAAUGAAUUUAGAGGAAAAUGAGGAUCUACAAACAGCUUCAUCUAUGCCUGCAAUUACACAGCCAAAAACACCCCAUGAACCUAUGGAGUUCUUAUCAAGAUCAUGGAGUGUUUCGGCUUCGGAAAUUUCUAAGGCUCUUGCUCAAAAACAGAAGCAGUUUUCUGUUGACAAGAAUCCUGAUACAAUUAGGGAAUCAGGUCUUCCACCAUUACCAGGCAAGGGUGGAAAGUCUGCUUACUCUAGGAGCGUGAUGUCAAUUGGAAAAUGGUUCCAUACUAAGGAGACUAGCAUUAGCAUACUGAAGAAGAAAGACAAGGCUCGGAUAGAAAAUGCAAGAGUGCAUUCUGCCUUGUCUAUUGCUGGACUUGCGGCAGCCUUGGCUGCUGUGGCUGCAGAGGAAAACUCUGAUUUUCAUGGAUCAAAAAUGAGAGUGGCUUUGGCAUCAGCCACAGAACUUUUGGCAUCACAUUGCAUUGAAAUGGCUGAGGCGGCUGGAGCUGAUUAUGACCGUGUGGCUUCAGUUGUUAGAUCAGCAGUGGACAUUCAAAGUCCUGGUGAUCUGGUGACUCUUACGGCAGCUGCUGCAACUGCCUUACGGGGUGAAGCAGCUCUGAGAGCGAGAUUGCCAAAGGAGUCCAGAAAGAAUGCUGCUAUAAGUCCUUUCGAAAAAGGAAUGACUGAAAGUAAGCCACAAGCUGUUUCUUGUAGUCCAAUGGAGGAUGAAAGUUCUCUGUUUGUAGGGGAUUUAAUACAAGUUCUACCCAAAGGAGGUUUACAAUGGAAGCGUGUUACUGUCCACAUCAAUGAGAAUUCUCAUGUCAUAAUCAAACUAAAAAGUAAGCAUGUUGGAGGAGCCUUCUCCAAGAACAUCAAAUGUAUUGUUUAUGGAGUCUGUGAUGAGAAAUCUGCAUGGCCAUACAAAAGAGUAAGGGAUAGUUCAGAAGAAGUUAGUUUUGGGCUCAAAACUGGCCAAGGUCUUAUGGAGUUCAAAUGCAAAAGCAAGAAUCAUAAGCAGAGAUGGGUUGAUGGGAUACAUAGUCUUCUUCGUAAAGUCAGCUUUAAUGAAGAGAGUGACUGCUCUCUGGGAUUUAGUCAAAGUAUGUGAUUUCACUUGUGUAUAUGUAUGUGUAGAACGAAAAACUUAACACAGGAAAAAAAAAAACCCUAUUCAUGUCAUACUUCCCUUACAAGGAUAGAAGAAUCUAAUCAUUCUAUAGCAAGAAAUACAAUUGGAAAUCACACAAAUUGCUGGUUCACAUGUUGAGUUACUUGAAAAUGAUGAUUCAGGCUUUUUUCUUUGGCUUGAAAAAUGCAUGAGCUUGCCAAGAUUUGAACAUGGCUAAGCUUUUUGAAAUAGAUGAAUAAUAAGGCCAAGUUGUACCAGAAUCAGAUGAAAAUAUUCAGUUGACUCAGUUCAUGUAUACAACAUUGUCAUUUUUGUUAAUGAAUUAUAAUUUGAAAGAGUGUUUUCAGAUUAGUACACAUUAUAAUAUUAGUAGUUAUACAACUCCUUUGAAACUC